AUGUCGAACUUGUCAAAGCUUGAGUUUGUGGCACUUGAUAUUUCUGAAAAGAACUAUCUAUCAUGGAUUCUUGAUGCUGAGAUUCACUUAGCUGCUAAAGGCCUUGGCAACACCAUUACUCAUGGUAAGGAGGCAUCAAGCCAGGACAAACCGAAGGCCAUGAUUUUCCUUCGUCAUCAUUUGGAUGAAGGUUUGAAAAUUGAAUAUUUAACAGUGAAAGAUCCACUAGAAUUGUGGAUUGGCCUGAAGGAAAGGUAUGAUCACCUUAAGGAUACGGUAUUGCCAAAGGCUCGAUAUGAGUGGAUGCACUUACGGUUGCAAGAUUUUAAGACC